AUAAUCGCACAAGCCACAAAUGCACAUUGACCAUAUUGAACAAUUAUAUCGAACUAGUUACCUAGUAAGGGAUAUAUUGGUUAAAGAAAAAGUGACACAUUUGAAAAUGAAAGAAUAUUUAUUCAUUUGAUAUUUACUAUUUUAGUGCCCUGAACCAUCAUUAGUAUUAGCAUUUGGUUUAGAGUGGGGGUGGGGGGCUUACGUUAUUGCAACUCGUUGUGACAUGCACUGACAAAUUCUAAUACGUUUACAUCGUCGAACCACAUUCUGAUAACAACUCGACAAUAAUAAUAAUAAUAUUUAUAAUAAUAAUAACUACAACUGACAAGGUGUCAAAAUAUUUAUGUUUAGAACGACUUACUCUUGGUAAAUACUAAGUAGAAAAUAAUAAUUUUGUUUAACGAUACACGUCCGUCGUAGCAGUACGCCAGGAAGACAUUGCAAUAUAUUGGGAUCUACUGAGUUUGUAUUGACUAUUGGCUGACCUACGACUGAAUUUGUUUCAACUGCGAUUUCGAGGAAUUUUAUAAUAAGAAAAAUAUAUUUUGACUUGUAAUGGCGUUCCUGUCCGUAUUAUUGGCUGAAUAAGACUUGCGAACAACCGUCCGAGUGUAGUACCUACAUUUAAAUGGCGAACAUAGUUGAACAAACUCCAAAUACAGCGGACAAAGCCAUUUCCUUGUUAAAUAGAGGUCAAUUAGAUGAAAAGGCAAUACAAAAAGUUGAUUACUCCAUUGUUCGAGGAAAGUCAAGUUUGGUUAGUCCGUCAGAAGAGCAAUUUGAAGCCUUGCAGCAUAGGCUCAAAGAGCUUAUAGAAGAAGGACAUGGAGAAACUAUUUACGAUGUAGGCAUUGGAGAUGACGGCAGCGGUUUAACAAAUGAUGAGUUUGAAGCCUCGGUGGCUACACUACAUUCAUUAGCAGCAACUCAGGAUGCAGACUGUGUUCUUCUUAGAGAAAGAGUAGAAGGUGGAACUAGUACAGCACAGUAUCUUGUUAGAAAACGAUUAGAAUCCCAAGACUUUCUUGAAAUAAGGGUAGCGGUUGUGGGAAAUGUGGAUGCUGGAAAAUCAACAUUGUUGGGAGUUUUGACUCACGGUGAAUUAGAUAAUGGCCGAGGCCAUGCAAGGUUAAAACUGUUUAGACACAAACAUGAAAUGGAAUCAGGACGUACAAGCUCUGUAGGCAAUGAUAUUCUUGGUUUUGAUAGCACAGGAGAAGUGGUGAAUAGACCAGAACAUGGGUCAUUAGAUUGGGUAAAAAUAUGUGAGAAAUCGACCAAAGUGAUUACCUUUAUUGACUUAGCUGGACAUGAGCGUUACUUGAAGACUACUGUGUUUGGUAUGACUGGACAUAUGCCAGAUUUCGGCAUGUUAAUGAUUGGAGCCAAUGCAGGGAUAAUUGGAAUGACCAAAGAACAUUUAGGUCUUGCAUUAGCUCUUAGUGUUCCAGUGUUUGUAGUUGUUACAAAAAUUGAUAUGUGUCCCCCUAAUAUACUUCAAGAUACAUUAAGAUUAUUAGUUCGCAUACUCAAGUCGCCAGGUUGUAGAAAAGUUCCAGUUAUGGUUAAGACCAAGGAUGAUGUCAUUGUGAGUGCUACAAAUUUUGUUUCUCAAAGGCUUUGCCCGAUAUUUCAAGUUUCUAAUGUUAAUGGCGAAAAUUUAGAUUUAUUAAAAAUGUUUUUAAAUCUUUUAACUACCCGAGUUAUGUCUACUGAUAAUGAUCCAGCUGAAUUUCAAAUUGAUGACACAUAUUCUGUACCUGGCGUUGGAACAGUAGUUUCUGGUACAACACUAUGUGGAACAAUUCGUUUAAAUGAUACACUGAUGUUAGGACCCGAUCCUGUUGGCCAAUUUGUUGCUAUCACAGUAAAGAGUAUACACCGUAAAAGAAUGGUAGUACGUGAAGUAAAAGCCGGGCAAACUGCUUCUUUUGCUUUAAAGAAAAUCAAAAGAUCCCAAAUUCGUAAAGGAAUGGUAAUGGUUUCUCCAUCACUCAAUCCAUCUGCUACCUGGGAGUUUGAUGGAGAGAUACUUGUAUUGCAUCAUCCAACAACAAUUAGUUCUCGUUACCAAGCAAUGGUUCAUUGUGGUAGUAUUCGACAAACAGCAUCUAUUCUCAGUAUGUCUGAAGAUUGUUUGAGAACUGGUGAUAAGGCAAAAGUAAGAUUUAGAUUCAUUAAAUAUCCAGAGUACUUACGACCUGGCCAAAGAUUGGUAUUUAGAGAAGGCAGGACAAAGGCUGUUGGCAAUGUAUUAGCUGUGCCCCCUCCAACAGGUCAAAUAGGGGCCAGACAAUCACAAAAACCUCAAAAGUCAAACCCUCAAGCACAAGGACAAAAUGUUGGAGAAAACGAAAAUCAGCCUGCCCAGAAAUCAAGAAGAAGAGGAGGACAAAAACCUUUGGCAGAGCAAAACACUAGAACAAUAGCUAAGUAAUGGUGGGAUUGUAUAAAGUAUAUGAAAUGUUUGUUGUUUAAAAUUCUAUGUAAAUUUUUUUUAUUUUUUAACUACUUAUAUCGCCUAUAUAGGAAAUUUAAUGUUAACUUUUGUUUACCAAUAUAAAUGGAAAAAUAAAUUUAUCAUUGAUUUUAAUUUAACA